CCCCCCCGACGUGACGCAGCGAGGUGGGGCGAUGAUGCGGUCACGUGGUUUUUUGGCGUGGCGAAGCAACGCAACAAACGUCGAGCUGCGACACUUGUACUUUGAGCGCUGGACACCUCGUCGAGUGGGCUUUCUUCGAGCUCAACACCACCAGAAAAUACAUUCUCUGACCAUCAGCUGUGUCCAUACCAUCUACAGACAUAAUGGACGGCGGAUUGACAGUAGUUACCGAUCCCACUGUGAAUGUGCGCCUAACGAGCACCAUCUCCUCCUUUGAGGUGCAGCGCAGGUUCAAUAGAGGGAUCACUAUAGCAGAUCUAAAGGGAAGGUUGGAGAUGGUUGUGGGUGCAUCUGCCCCCUGCAUGGACCUGGAGUUGUUCAGUGUCUCUGACAAGUUUCUGCAGAAAAUGGACGACAAUGAAGCUUUGCUGGGUUCCUAUCCUGUGGAUGAUGACUGCAGAAUACACGUUAUUGACAAAAGUGGACAGCAGUUCGGCGAGUUCACUGAUGUUUCCAAGGUGGAGAAGUUUGAACUCUCAGAUGAGAUUUAUGAGAAGAAAACAGAUACAGCAAGGUCAUUCAUGAAGAAACAUCGUGUAGGUCACUUCAAUGAGGAAGAAGUUGCAAGGAAAAAAGCUGAGCUUGCUGCUCGGGAGGAGGAACAGAGGGCUGCUGCUGAUGCCAUUUCUGUUGGCAACCGAUGCAAAGUGCAGAUCACGGGGCAGCCCACAAGGCUUGGCACGGUCAUGUAUGUCGGUACAACCAAUUUCAAGCCAGGCCAUUGGGUGGGUGUGAAGUACGAUGAGCCCCAUGGAAAGCACAAUGGAACUGUUGAAGGAAAGCAAUACUUUCAAUGUGAGGACAAAUAUGGUGGAUUUGCGAGGCCCCUGAGUUUGACUGUGGGAGACUUUCCUGAGGAGGAUUUUGGUUUAGAUGAGAUGUAAGACUGUGAUUACGGUAACAGAGGUAUAGAGGGUUUCAGCCCUGAAAUUUGAGCAUCAACCUCAAGCUGUUAUCCAUUCACCAUCCAGAGAUGACAGAAAGUCAUUGUUAUCGUAACAAAUGAAGUUCUUGUUUUUGUUUUGCUUCUCUGGAAGGCAUGCUCCAAAGAGUGGCGUCUUAAGGUCUUUUAGGUUUAAGUUCUCUCUCACUAACACCAAUGCAACCUGAUAGAGGUGAAUGUCAGGUAGUACAUCUCUUGGUGUGCUGAAUAUGAUGAUAAUACAGGAUAAUCACGAGAGGAGCUCACACAAACAUGGUUUGAUAAAGGAGAGGGGUUUUGUGUUGCAUGUGAGGCAGCAUAAAGAAGGUUAAUAUCUAGUCCUUCAUUUCACGCACAUCUCUUCAAUUUAAUUUACUUGCUUUAGUACUGCCUGUUGCUUCCAAGAUGGGAGUCUUCAAUGUAAGUCUGUAUUAACAACUUCAUCUAUUCUCUUUUAGUCUGUAUCAGUUUGUACAAAGAUGAUUGUAUACAACUGUUUAUUGUUAAAUGUAGUCUGUAGCAUUUUUUUGAAGACUGUAAAUUGCUGACGGGUGGUCCAAGGAUUGGACAACUGUCUGGUGAAGGAAAAAUCCCCCCUAAAAUACUUCAACACUAAUAAAAAGUGUAAUUGUAUCUUGUAUUCCUGACUAACAUGAUGUCACAUACUGUACACUUCUACAAUUGAGUUGAACUGGACAAACGUUUUCCGGUCAUUGAUUAAAAUCGGUGCGUCCACUAUAUUUCACAGGAAAGAACAAUAAAUCUUCCUCAGUUCACAGUAACCUCAAUAAUCCAGAGUGUAACACAGCUGUUAGUUGUCUUCUGUUCCUGUUUGCUAUACUUGCAGUUUUUCUGCCUAAGAGUGUGAAAGUAUGCAAGGGUAGAUAUUUCCUUUCCACCUUUUUAAAGACAUUCAAUUUCAUUUUGUGUUUGAAUGUAUUAUGUAAGCCAGUCCCAUUGUUAGGUUUCCAAGUGGAUGAAAGAUGUAAUUCCCCUUUAUUUUUUUAUAAACUGAAUUCCUCUCCUUAAAAAUUAAAUUGUCUGCACUUGACUGUGUCCUGCUUAUAUUGAAACACUGAAAUAAAAAGGAUUGUUUUGAGUUUAAAACCUUUAAACUUAAAUGUGAUUGAUCAAAUCUAAUAUAUCUGCUUGAUUAAAACAGCUCUCCUGAAUACAAUUGAAUGACUAUACGUUAUACUGGAAAAUGACCAGUGAGGAUUUGUUGCUCUGGUACAUCUGCCAAAGUUGUUGAAUUGAAUCUUAAAAAUAAGAUUAAAUUAAACUCUCUUAUUCCUGCAGUUUCAUAUAAGUGCGACACAGUUGUAUGAUCUCUGUUAGCGUUUACCCCUCAUGUCCUUCAUUUAUUCCAUAGUAUUACAGUUUUUUGUCCAGUUUUUUUUAAGUAAUUGAUCAUUAGUAGAGAUUCUGAGCCCAUCCCAUCUGUAGCCUAAGUACACAGUGUAUGAGAUUCACAAUGUACCAUUAGAUGUAUAUUUUUGAUUACCAUUGAUCCAAGGUUGACCUCUUUAAAAUAAUAUUUCAAAAUACAAGCAACAGAAAAAGAUGCAAAACCUUGAUUUUAUGUGUUUGUUGCUCCUGUAUCUAAACAGUGUGUUCAGUCUCUGAAUCAUCAUUACAAUGAACAGCUUCAUCAUCACUCUCCAGUUAACUGCCUCUCUUAUUACAAUCACCAUAACACUCAGCUUUUGAAAAUGUGCAUUUAAAACGAAUGAUAUGCCUUAUUUAUGAUUUGUUUGAGCGGUCCAAAGCUGUCACGAUGUUUUUUCAUCCUCUAAAGUUUACAAAGGAAAUGUAAAUUAAUUAUUUUUAUGGUUUCUUUGCAAUGAAAUGUCAUUACCAUGUGCAAAAAUGUAGUGUUGUUCUCUUUCCCCUUUUCAAAAAAACUGUUCAUCUCUAAGAUGCUGGUGUUACUAUGUGCCAAAGGAUAAUGCUUAAUAAUAAAAAUGUUUUGCGAGUACACAAACUUA